AUGAUAAUUCUUGAACAGAACAACCGUAUUAUUAGUGAUCUCUUGGAGGGGAAAAUUGCACAAGUUAAGCACGGUAGUAGACCCGACAGCGUCGAUGUUCGCAUUGCCGAUUUUGACGGCGUAGUUUAUUCUAUCACAAAUCCUGGUGGGGAUCGCACAAAGAUUAUGAUAAGUAUCUCAUUGAAGUUCUAUAAGGAUCUGAAGGAACAUGGUGCAGAUGAUUUGCUGCGCCGUCAGUAUGCAGCUUAUCUGACUACACCUGAACAAGGAUUCGAUGCAUCGCUGUUGUAUGAUCUUACAAAAAUGCCUGACGACCACGCUGCUAUUGUCUACGAAGCGUCACUACUGAAAAGAAAUUGCUUUGCAUCAGUUUUUGAGAAGUAUUUUGAUUUUCAAGCCAAGGGUCAGCAGGGACAAAAACGUGCUGUCAUUCAUUACCGGGAUGAUGAGACACUGUACAUUGAAGCAAAAUCUGAUCGCGUUACGAUUGUUUUUAGUACCAUCUUUCGCGAUCCCGACGAUAUAAUAAUUGGAAAAAUAUUCUUACAGGAAUUUCGCGAAGGGCGUAAAGCUUCACAAACUGCCCCGCAGGUGUUAUACUCUGUUGGAGAGCCUCCUUCAGAAUUGCGUGAUCAACCAGAUGCAAGGACCGGUGAAAACGUGGGUUACAUUACUUUCGUGUUAUUCCCUCGUCACACAAAUAAGAAUGCCCGCGAUAAUACAAUUAAUUUGAUCCACACGUUUCGCGACUAUCUUCACUAUCACAUUAAGUGCUCAAAGGCUUAUCUACAUUCGAGAAUGAGAGCGAAGACACAAGAUUUCUUAAAAGUGCUGAAUCGUGCAAAACCUGAAACUCGUUUGGAGAAGAAGUUAUUUGCGUAAGU